ACAAAGAGCCAGAUUUUCCAAGCAACUUCUCUCCAACAUAAAUGAGACAAGAUAUACUAAAACUUUCCACACCACGGACUCCAAGCAAUACAAAGACUUCCUUAUCAAUUAUUAAAAUCUAAGCCACAUAAUAUACUUCCAUAUGGUCAUUAUUGCAUCAAACCAAAGGAAAACCAAACCAUUAGCAAUGGACCUUACCUUCUCCUUCAUCUUCAUCCUUCUUCUCCCUCUCUUCACCUUCCUCUUAUUCCACCACCUCUCAAUAAAAAAACCAACCUCCGAAGGACUAAAACCACACCCACUAAUUGGCCAUCUACCUCACUUUAUCAAGCACCGCCAUAGAUUCCUUGACUGGAUCACAGAUGUUCUCACCUCAAACCCAAGCCACACCAUGAGCCUCCAAAUCCCUUUCCAAGACUAUGGCAUCCUCACUGCCAACCCCUUAAACGUUGAACACAUCCUCAAGACUAACUUUGGCAACUACCCCAAAGGUCAACGUUCAACCACUUUCCUUCAAGACUUCCUUGGCCAAGGGAUCUUCAACUCUGAUGGUGAGCAAUGGAGGCAUCAGAGGAAAUUAGCAAGCUAUGAGUUCAACAAGAGAUCUCUAAGAAACUUUGUUAUGGAUACAGUUCAGUUGGAGAUUGAAAACAGGUUGUUACCUUUGUUGAGGAGAGCAGAGGAAAGAGAUGAAGUUUUAGAUUUCCAAGACAUCUUGGAAUCCUUUGGUUUUGAUAAUAUUUGCAAGGUGGCUUUCAAUGAAGAUCCUGCUUGUCUCAGUAUUGAUGAGGAGGAGGAGAAGAAGAAGAGUAUGUCUAAGGGGUUCAAGAAAGCAUUUGGAGAUGCUCAAAGCUUAUCAAUGGUGCGUUUCAUGGAUGUGUUCCCAUUCACUUGGAGAAUCAAGAAGAUGUUGGACAUUGGCUCAGAGAAAAAGCUCAGGAAGAGUGUGUCCAUUGUGCGUGAGUUUGCCAUGAAGAUCAUACGUGAUAGAAGAAGGGAUAACAGAGACCAUGAUGGUGAUGAUCUCUUGUCUCGCUUUUCGUCGGAGAAGGAGAAGAGUGAGGAGUUUCUCAGAGAUAUAGUGAUAAGUUUUGUGUUGGCUGGGAGGGAGACCACAUCUUCUGCACUGAGUUGGUUCUUCUGGUUGGUGUCGACAAGGACGGAUGUGGAAGAGAAGAUAGUGAAGGAAGUAGAUGAGAUUAGAGCUAGGCAUGGAAAUUUCAGAGAGGGUUUUGACUAUGACAAGCUGAGAGAGAUGCAGUAUCUUCAUGCGGCGGUGACGGAGUCAAUGAGGCUGUAUCCUCCGGUGGCGAUCGACACAUUGGCAUGCAAAGAGGAUGACACAUUGCCUGACGGGAACUUUGUAGGCAAGGGAUGGUUUGUGUCAUACAGUGCAUAUGCUAUGGGGAGAUUGGAGGAGAUAUGGGGGGAGGAUUGGGGGGUUUUCCGGCCAGAGAGGUGGUUGGAGGAUGGAGUUUUUAAACCGGAGAAUCCGUUCAAGUUUCCAGUGUUUCAUGCAGGGCCAAGGAUGUGUUUAGGGAAGGAGAUGGCUUAUAUACAGAUGAAGUCUGUGGCUGCAAGUGUGUUUGAGGAGUUCAAGGUUGAGGUUUUGCUGGAGAAGGGAAGAAGUCCAGAACAUGUGCUUUCAAUGACUCUCAGAAUGAGAGAUGGUUUGCCUGUUCAAGUGAAAAGGAGGGAAAGAAGUUAACAUCUUUGUUAAUAGAGUGUAAUAAAAGUUACUGUGCCACGAAAUAUUGGUAACAGUUCUUUUGCGAAUACUGUGCCAUGCACCUUUUAAUUAUUAAUAAUGGGUUUUUAAGUAAAGAAUUCGUUAUUUUA